UCUUUGUCGUUACCUCCUGUCUCUUUCCCUGCGUUUCUGUCUCAAAUCUGAUUCUUUCUCCUCAUCUUCUUCCUGUGUCCAGCUCCAGAAUUUUUCCACCACCUGGGACCAACUCCUCCUGCCCCUGGAGCAUCUGAUGGGCCCCACAAGGUGACAGUGCUGACCACAAUGCUAUCGGGUCGGUGGUGGCCAAGUACCUGGGGGAGCCUAGGACUGGGGCCUCGAAGCCCUUCUCGGGGAUCCCAGCUUUGUGCCCUCUAUGCCUUUACUUACACUGGGGCAGAUGGACGGCAGAUAUCUCUGGCUGAAGGGGACAGGUUCUUACUACUUCGAAAGACCAACUCAGACUGGUGGUUGGCAAGGCGCCUGGGAGCACCCUCGACAUCUCGACCCAUCUUCAUCCCAGCUGCCUAUGUGACAGAGGAAUCUACUCCUUACCAGAACCCAACUACUAUCACUCCCAGCCAACCUUUCUGGACUCCUGAGCCAAAGUUGUUUCAUAGCUCCUUGGAGGAGCUGCACAUGUCUCAGGCACUCCCAGACAGAGCCCAGGCUGCAUCCGAGCAGCCUCCCCCUCUUCCCCCUAAAAUGUGUAGAAGUGUCAGUGUUGCUAAUUUGAGGGCCAGCCCUCUGAAGCCCACACACGAAGGACUAAGUGGAAGAUCCCUCUCCCAGGAAGACUUGCUGUCCGAGGCCAAAGCCAGCACGACAGGACCCCAGCCCCUAAUGUCAGAUCCCCCUGUGUACUGUAACCUGGUGGACCUUCGCAGCUGUCCCCGGUCCCCACCCCCGGGCCCUUCAUGCCCCUUGCUGCAGAAGCUGGAUGCCUGGGAGCAGCACCUGGACCCCAACUCUGGACGCUGCUUCUACAUAAACUCGCUAACUGGUUGCAAGUCCUGGAAACCCCCACGCCGCAGUCGUGGGGAGUUGAACCCCAGCUCCAUGGAGGGGACGCAGACCCUGACAAAGAACAAUGGCGUCCUGAAACCUCAGGCUAAGGGCUCAGGAUCUGACACAGGGACUCCAGAACUUCUGGGCCCACAGAGUUCACCCCGCCUCAGCCAGUGCUCCUGGCAGUUUGACCCUUCAGACCAGCGUCCGGCCUUGCAGACUCCUAGACCUCUGCCGGAGCUCCUGGACGACCCCCAUGAGGUGGAAAAGUCCGGCCUGCUCAAUAUGACCAAGAUUGCCCAAGGGGGGCGCAAGCUCAGGAAGAACUGGGGCCCGUCUUGGGUGGUGUUAGCCGGUAACAGCCUGGUGUUCUACAGAGACCCACCCGCUACUGCGCCCUCUUCGGGCUGGGGGCCAGCCGGUAGCCGGCCAGAAAGUAGCGUGGACUUGCGCGGGGCGGCCCUGGCCCAUGGCCGCCACCUGUCCAGCCGCCGCAAUGUGCUGCACAUCCGCACGGUCCCUGGCCACGAAUUCCUGCUGCAGUCAGACCACGAGACCGAACUGCGAGCCUGGCACCUUGCUCUGCGGGCAGUCAUCGAGCGGCUGGAUCGGGAGAACCCCCUGGAGCUGCGUCUGUCAGGCUCCGGACCUGCAGAGCUGGGGGAACUGAGCGCAGGCGAGGACGAAGAAGAGGAGUCGGAGCCGGUCCCCAAGCCGCUACUGCGCCUUAGCAGUCGCCGGAGCUCCAGUCGAGGGCCGGAAGGCACCGAGCAGAAUCGCGUGCGCAACAAACUAAAGCGGCUUAUUGCAAAGAGACCGCCCUUGCGGAGCCUGCAGGAGCGGGGCUUGCUGCGAGACCAGGUAUUCGGCUGCCAGCUGGAAUCACUCUGCCAACGAGAAGGGGACACGGUGCCCAGCUUUGUGCGGCUCUGCAUUGCUGCCGUGGAUAAAAGAGGUCUAGAUGUGGAUGGCAUUUACCGAGUGAGUGGGAACUUGGCAGUGGUCCAGAAACUUCGCUUUCUGGUGGACAGAGAGCGGGCAGUCACUUCUGAUGGGAGAUAUGUGUUUCCAGAACAGCCAGGACAAGAAGGCCGGUUAGAUUUGGACAGUGCUGAGUGGGAUGACAUUCAUGUGGUCACUGGAGCCCUGAAGCUUUUUCUCCGUGAGCUGCCCCAGCCUCUGGUGCCCCCGCUGCUGCUGCCCCAUUUUCGUGCUGCCCUUGCACUCUCCGAAUCAGAGCAGCGCCUUUCUGAGCUACAACAAUUAAUAAGAUCAAUGCCAAAGCCCAACCAUGACACUCUGCGGUACCUCCUGGCGCAUUUAUGCAGGGUAAUAGCACACUCAGAUAAGAAUCGCAUGACUCCCCACAACCUGGGAAUUGUAUUUGGACCAACCCUAUUUCGGCCAGAGCAGGAGACAUCCGACCCAGCAGCCCACGCCCUCUACCCUGGGGAGCUAGUCCAGCUGAUGCUCACUAACUUCACCAGCCUUUUUCCCUGACAUGGGCAAGGAAGAAAAGAAAAUGUAUUUCCAAUGA